AUGCCUGGAGUUUCGCAAGAGUUGUUGGAAAGCUCGACAUGGUCGUCGUCUGCAGCGGAUGGAGAUUGUCACAAAGGCAACGCAGUACGAGUCUUAGGUAUCAGUCGAACGAACAUACCUGAAUGCUUCAAGAUUAUCGAGCACACUCACGGCUCCGGUAUAGUAACGCCUGCAGCACUUGGACAACAACUCGCACUCGACUCAUUCUUAAACAGACAGAAACCUCCGAGCCGUGCCGUCUUUUGGACUCACUUGGCUGAAGCGGUCGACAGACAAGAAAAGGAAGGAGAUUCGGAGAAAGCAGCAGCAGCAGCAGCAGCAGCUGAUGAACGAACGAACAUCUUGGCUGCGCUGGAGUUUGCCCAGGUUGAAGCUGCAGCAGGUGGAAAUAAAUUUGCGGUGCGGCUUAACGGAUCCCCAAGGCUUGGGGCUCUCGUAUGA